AUCAGAACAGGAGCUGCCAUUGUUGGAGGAACGGCGUAUCUUAAUUUUACCAUUACGACUACAUUUUAGCAGCGACCAGGAAAAGUGUGGUGGUCCUAUCUUCUCAGGAAGGAACAAUGGAUGGAAAGAAGAAAUCGUUGCUGAGUGUUGUGUGCGUUUUUGUUUUCUUCGUCCACAUAACCACUGCAGAUCUCAGCUAUUCUAUUCCGGAGGAGAUGCGACCCGGAUCCAUUGUUGGAAAUAUCGUUAAGGACCUCGGACUGGAAGUAGGGAAAUUGUUCUCUCGUAAAGCUCGUAUUGAUACUGAGGAAAGCUAUCAGCACUACUUCGAUAUUGAUGUAAAAACGGGAAAUUUUGUCAUCAGGGAAAGGAUUGACAGAGAGGAGCUGUGUGGAGAGAAGGCCUCGUGUAUGCUUAAAUUUGAGUUAGUCCUAGAGAGCCCUUUGGAGCUACACCGCAUUUCACUGCUCAUUCAGGAUAUAAACGACAAUUCACCCGUUUUUCCAAAGGAUACGAUUAAACUCGAAAUAAGGGAAUCAGCCUUGAAAGGAGCUCGAUAUCGUGUUAACGAAGCACAUGACGCUGAUAUCGGACAGAAUACUGUUAAACAAUACAGUUUACAAACGAAUGAACAUUUUGUUUUGUCUGUUCGAGAUGAGGCUGAUGGAUCUAAGAACGUUGAGUUGGUGUUAAACAAUGAGCUCGACCGUGAAAAAGAACACGAUUUAAAUUUCGUGCUGACUGCGGUUGAUGGUGGUAAUCCACAACGAUCAGGAACUGUCAAUAUACAUGUGACUGUGCUGGAUGCUAAUGAUAACGCCCCAGUGUUUGACCAAGCCCUUUACAGAGCCAGUCUGCCUGAAAACUCUGCCAUUGAUACUGUAGUCGUCACAGUAAGUGCCACUGAUGCAGACGAUGGAGUCAAUGGGGAGGUGAUAUAUGAAUUUAGCCGGAUUUCAGACAGGGCUAAAAAAGUAUUUUCUCUGAACAGUAGAACUGGAGAGAUAAAAGUCAUAGGACCACUUGAUUUUGAGAGUAAUUCUAAAUAUGAAAUGCGCAUAGACGCCAAAGAUGGUUACGGACUUUCAUCUGAUUCCAAAGUAAUGAUUGAUAUCACGGAUGUAAAUGACAACGCUCCAGUAAUAUAUUUGAAAUCACUGACUAAUCCAAUACCUGAGAAUGUGUCACCUGGUACAGAGGUGGGCAUCAUUAACGUGCAGGAUCGAGACUCUGAGAGUAACGGACAGGUCCGCUGCUCCAUUCAGCAAAACGUCCCUUUUAAGUUGGUUCCUUCUAUUAAAAACUAUUAUUCUCUGGUGACCACAGGACAACUGGACCGUGAACUAGUGUCUGAUUACAACAUUACAAUCAGUGCCACUGACGAGGGCUCUCCACCUCUGUCCUCCUCUAAAACUGUUCAGUUAUCUGUAGCAGACAUCAACGACAAUCCACCUGUGUUUGAGGAACAGUCCUACAGCGCAUAUGUGACUGAAAAUAACAAACCUGGCUCCACUUUAUGUUCCGUUACUGCUCGAGACCCCGACUGGAGACAAAACGGUACAGUGAUUUAUUCUCUGUUAUCCGGUGAGGCGAACGGUGCCCCGGUGUCCUCCUAUCUAUCUGUUAACGGAGACACGGGGGUGAUCCACGCUGUGAGGUCGUUUGAUUAUGAACAGUUCAGGAGUUUUAAAGUCCACGUGAUGGCCAGAGACAACGGUUCUCCUCCGCUCAGCAGCAACGUGACCGUCAGUGUCUUCAUAUCGGAUGUGAAUGACAACUCUCCUCAGAUACUGUACCCCGCCCCGGAGGGCAACUCGUUCAUGACCGAGCUGGUCCCCAAAGCUGCACACGGAGGCUCUCUGGUGUCCAAAGUGAUAGCGGUGGACGCGGACUCCGGACAGAACGCCUGGCUGUCCUAUCAUAUAGUGAAAUCCACUGAUCCGGGACUUUUCACUAUUGGUCUCCACAGCGGAGAGAUCAGGACACAGCGGGACAUUUCUGAAUCUGACAGCAUGAAGCAGAACCUUAUUGUGGCAGUGAAAGAUAACGGACAGCCCUCUCUCUCUGCCACGUGUUCCAUGUAUUUACUUAUUUCUGAUAACUUGGCUGAGGUGCCAGAACUGAAGGAUAUUUCUUAUGAUGAGAAGAAUUCCAAACUGACCUCUUAUCUGAUCAUCGCGCUGGUGUCUGUGUCCACCUUUUUUCUGACCUUCAUUAUCAUCAUCCUGGGUGUGAGGUUUUGUCGCAGGAGAAAGCCCAGACUGUUGUUUGAUGGAGCAGUGGCCAUCCCCAGCGCUUAUCUCCCUCCUAAUUACGCAGAUGUUGACGGCACAGGAACUUUACGCAGCGCUUACAACUAUGACGCAUACCUGACAACAGGUUCUAGAACCAGUGACUUUAAGUUUGUGACGUCUUACAAUGACAACACACUUCCUGCUGACCAGACUCUGAAGAAAAGUCCAUCAGACUUUGCUGAUCCUUUUGAAGACAUGGAUUCUUCUGUAGAGGUAGGAUCAAUUCAAAGAACUCCUCUCAUCGAAAUUAUUUAA